AUGGGCUGCUGCAUGUCUAGAUCCCAGAGCGGCUCGACCUCGCCCUACCCAGGCCCGACGAAUACCGGCUCAGCCCGCGCAAUCAACGCCUCUACUUCGGCCGCCGCCCACGACCGCGACGACUCCCCCGCCGCCUCCACGACACAGGCCUCCAGCCGUGGUCGCCGCCACCGUCAGUCCACCCUGCCUCUCGACAGGCACAUCAACAAGCCCCUCCGCCGCCACGUCUGGGCUUCCAAGAGUCGUGUCUGGACCCGUUCCGCCAUCAACCGUGAGCGCAAAGAUUUCUUUGAAACCCGCGUCACUGGACGUCCAGAGAUAUGGCAGUCCCUUCACUACGCUCUGCAGGUCCUCUGGAAUCCCGCCAGCCAUGGUGCAGCAGAGGACGGGACGAAUGGCCUCGCAACUGCCCAGAGCAUUCUUGACGCGGCGGAUAUUACGUUGCCCACUGGUGAUCUAGCUCAAGGUGCCUACGAUCAGCUUGGCAACUAUUACCAGCUUAACGAGUGGGCGGUGGCUAACCCCACGAAUCUUGUCGAGGACGACGCAACAAUAGACGUCGCGGACGAUGACGAGGGUCUCUCGACACGCGACUUCAAGGAUGACCUGGCGGGCGGCGAAGAGACCACCGAGGAACUCGACGAAGACGAGAAUCUUUCUCUUCUUGCUCGUCUGUCUGAAAAUGGGCGUGAUGUGACUGUUGGCUUCUCCAAAACCGACACCGUUAAGAUCAUUACCGGCAAGAUACUAAAUGAAGCGGGGCUCUCUCCAACCAAGAAGAAGAUACGCUUAGCCUUCAUGGGCAAGCUUCUCAAAGAAAAUCUGCCUCUUACGGAGCAGGGUUGGACUCAGGGCCAGGUUAUCAAUGCCUAUGUCUCUGACAGAUAG